AUGGAAGCCAGAUUCUUGCAGACCGGAGCCAGUCACAGCUGUGACCAGUACCGGGAGCCACACAGCUGUGACCAGUACCGGGAGCCACACAUCUGUGACCAGUACCGGGAGCCACACAUCUGUGACCAGUACCGGGAGCCACACAGCUGUGACCAGUACCGGGAGCCACACAGCUGUGACCAGUACCGGGAGCCACACAUCUGUGACCAGUACCGGGAGCCACACAUCUGUGACCAGUACCGGGAGCCACACAUCUGUGACCAGUACCGGGAGCCACACAUCUGUGACCAGUACCGGGAGCCACACAUCUGUGACCAGUACCGGGAGCCACACAGCUGUGACCAGUACUGGGAGCCACACAUCUGUGACCAGUACCGGGAGCCACACAGCUGUGACCAGUACCGGGAGCCACACAUCUGUGACCAGUACCGGGAGCCACACAGCUGUGACCAGUACCGGGAGCCACACAGCUGUGACCAGUACCGGGAGCCACACAGCUGUGACCAGUACCGGGAGCCACACAUCUGUGACCAGUACCGGGAGCCACACAGCUGUGACCAGUACCGGGAGCCACACAGCUGUGACCAGUACCGGGAGCCACACAGCUGUGACCAGUACCGGGAGCCACACAUCUGUGACCAGUACCGGGAGCCACACAGCUGUGACCAGUGCCGGGAGCCACACAUCUGUGACCAGUACCGGGAGCCACACAGCUGUGACCAGUGCCGGGAGCCACACAUCUGUGACCAGUACCGGGAGCCACACAGCUGUGACCAGUACCGGGAGCCACACAGCUGUGACCAGUACCGGAAGUCACACAGCUGUGACCAGUACCGGAAGUCACACUGCUCCGAGUAA